GUGUUGGCACUGAUGGCUUUGCUGUGGCUGCUCGUCUUGCUGGCCCUGGCCCGGCCCGUGAGGGGCAACUGGGACACUUGCAAGGGCACCUGUGGGCUGCGGCCUUUGGCAUUUGACCACAGUUCGCUGGUUCGGGACUACGACCCUACAGACUAUGACUACACAACUUUGUCAUCUUCUGAUGGCACUGCCGUGGAUGUAGCCAGCCCCGGUGUCCCCUCAGGCACCUGGCCUGGCAUCGUCAGCAUCCAGGCCACCUGGGACAACGGCACGUGGCACAUGUGCUCAGGGGUCCUCAUCCACCCCCAGUGGGUGCUCACGGUCGCACGCUGCUUCAUGGACAUUAAGGACACCUCUAAUUGGAAGGUGGUGAUUGGGGCCACGGAUCUGGCCCAGCCGGGCCCCGAGGCCCAGAAUCGCCACAUCAGGAACGUCCUGAAGCACCAGGACUACUGCGAUGAAGCGCCGGGCAACAACAUUGCCCUGGUGGAGCUGGACCAGCCCGUGGAGUGCAGUGACUACAUCCAGCUGGGCUGUGUGCCCGACAGCUCCCUGGCAGUGUCCGAGCUCAAAACCUGCUAUGUGGCAGGCUGGAGAGCCACCCCGGAGACCGCACCAGGCCUGGUGCUGCAGGAGGCCAAGGUGCGGCUCAUCGACGUCCAGCUGUGCAACAGCAGCCGCUGGUACGGGGGGGCCGUGCACCCCCAGGAAUUGUGUGCAGGGUACCCGCGGGGCGGCAUCGACACCUGCCAGGGAGACACAGGGGGUCCCCUGGUCUGCAAGGACAACACUGGUGACUUCUUCUGGCUGGUGGGCCUGACCAGCUGGGGCAAGGGCUGCGCCGGGGCCAAGCGGCCCGGGGUGUUCACGUCCACGCAGCAGUUCCAUGACUGGAUCCAGACGCAGAUGGGAACGGUCCCACCCAAAACGGAGCCUCCUCCCCCCGAGCCACCCACGCCCACCAUUGAGAUAGAGCCACCAGAACUGGAACCAGAACCAGAACCUGUACCAGAACCAGAACCACAACCAGUACCGAUACCGGUACCGAUACCAGAACCAGAACCCAUACCAGAACCAGAAGAAGAGGAGGAAGAAGAAGAAGAAGAACCAGAACCACCACCACCACCACCACCGCCUCAGUUUAUAACGGUUACAUUCCCAAGGGACGUCCUUCUGAGGUUCUUCACAAACCUGCAGGAGUUCGUGGAGUUCCUGCGGGACAAACUGGAUUAA